AUGUUUAACCGAGCGGUGGUACCAGUUGUGCGGGGCAGCCCGCGCUGGCUGGCGGUGGCUCCUGCCGGGACCCGCCGACCGCUGCGGACACCCCGAGCGAGGGGUGCUGGGGGGGCACAUGGAGCCAGAGGGGGAGCGGGGCUGGGACCCCCAGCCGGGCACACGGCCCAGAACGCUCCCACGGGGCCAGGACAGACCCACGACCGUGAGCCCCUCUACCCCUGCCCCGGGGUGUCCGCGGGCGGGACCCCCAGCCUGGGGGCACCCACUGCCCCUCUGCCCUCUGUUCCCCAAAGGAGCCCCGGAGAGCAGCGGGAGGGCGCCGUGGUGGGCAGAGAGACGCGCCUGAGAGUCGUGCUGAGGGUCCGGCCACUGACCUGCACAGAGACGCUGCGAGGCGACCGGCGGGUUGUGCACAGCCUCGGCGAUGGCACCAUCCACGUGAGCGCGGCCAGGCACGAUGCCACCUUCGGGUUCAGCACCGUGUUCGACGCGGGCGCCUCACAGGAGGCCGUGUUCGAAGGCAGCGGGAUGAGGCAGCUGGUGGAGCUGGCCAUAGAUGGCUUCUCCUGCACCGUCUUUGCCUUCGGGCAGACCGGCUCGGGGAAGACCUACACCCUGAUGGGACCCCUCCUCGCCCAGAGCGAGACCCAGCCGGCGUCCCCCGCCCUGCUGGGGCUGAUGCAGAGGUCCUUUGCCUGCCUCCUGGAGCAGAGCCGGAGCCGCGGCUCUGACCUGGCUCUCAGUGCCUCCUACCUGGAGAUCUACAACGAGCAGGUGCGGGACCUGCUGAGCCCGGGGCCACCGUGCGCCCUGCCCCUGCGGUGGAGCAAAACCCACGGCUUCUACGUGGAGAACCAGCUCAGCGUGGACUUUGAGAGCCUGGAGGCCAUUGCCAACCUGCUCCUGCAAGGAUCCCAGAGGCGACAGACCUCGGCGCACGCCCUCAAUAGGCACUCGAGCCGCAGCCACGCUCUUCUGACCAUCAAUGUCCGCAGCCGGGCCCCCAGCACCUGCCCCGGCAAGCAGGGCACGCUGUGCUUCGUGGACCUGGCUGGCAGCGAGCGGGUGAAGGAGACCGGCUCCAGCGGGGAGCUCUCCGUGGAAGCCAACAAUAUCAACCGCAGCCUCCUGGCACUGGGACACUGCAUCUCUCUGUUGGCCAAACCCCGAGGGAAGCGGACGCACAUCCCCUACCGGGACAGCAAGCUCACCCGGCUGCUGGCACGCUCCCUGGGUGGCUCGGGCAUCACCCUAAUGGUCGCUUGCAUCUCCCCGUCCUCACACUGCCUCUCGGAGACGCUAAGCACGCUGCACUACGCCAGCCGGGCCCGGAGGGUCACCACCAGACCCCUGGCCAACAGGGUGUCUCGGGAGAAGCUGCUGCAAACCUUGGAGAAAGAAAUCCAUGCCUUGCAGCUGGAAAACCUCUCCCUGCGCCAGCAGCUGUGCCUGCCCAGGGUGCCAGCGAGGAGCAUGGAGAUGCCAGGGACCCCUCCAAGGGAGGGGGCAUGGCCGGGCUGGGGAGGCAGGUAUGGACCCGCAGGGCUGCGGUGCUCCCCUGUCGAAGGGCAGCUCCCGUCACAGGGAGCCCCUGCCUGGCCCAGCCUCUACGGCCUCCUGCGGGACUUCGUGGUGGAGAAUGAGCAGCUGAGGCAGCCCCAGCUGUCCCCAGACCCCAGCGGUGACAUCCCAGCUGGCCCAUCCUGCAGAGCCACCCGCAGCUCCAGUGACAGCCAGCCCCUGCUCCCGAGUGCCCGCACCCCCCAUGUCCCCACCAGCCACCCCACGAGGCUCCGGCAGCCCGACACGACACCUGCCUCUGGCUCCCGGCUCCCGAAGCUGCCUCCUGCCUCCAGCCGCCCUGGCUGCCCCCAGUGCUGCCCUGGGCCGGCCAAUGCCACCGUGUCCCAGGUGCUGCCAGGGCCCCUCGUGCCGCAGCCGAUCCUCCCCGAGGGAAACAUGGGUGUCCUGCCACCCGGCCAGGAGGACUCGGCUCUGCCUGGCUCCCAUCAGCUCCUCAGGCACCCCCAGGCACCCCAGGGAAAGCGGAGCCGCGGCAGGAGCAGGAGCUCGACUCAGCGGCACCUGCUCCCCCAGGAGCUGCCAGGCCCUGAGCGCCGUCCCAGCCCCGAGGGAAGGGUCAUCCCUUCGGCCCCGCCGUGGCCGGGAUUACCGGAGCCAAGAGCCGCCGGCACCAUCCCUCUCCUCCAGUGGGAAGAGGCACCGGAAUGGCUGGCGGAGCAGAUCUAAGCAGCCGCGCCGCGGACAGAGCCAGCAGUGGGGAUCUGGCACAGCCCACGCACAGUUACUGUACCUGGAGGG